AUGCCUCCUCCAAGCGUUCUCAUGGUCGGGACAGGCGAGUACACCACCGGCUUUGUUGGCGGUGGUGCUUCUGGCUCAGACAAGAAAGUCGGCGUUGUCGGACUGACGAUGUUUGAUCUUCGUCGACGAGGCAAAGUGGGCAAGCUGAGCAUGGUGGGCGUGUCGGGAAGGAAGUUUCCCGCGAUCAAACAACACCUCCAAAAGAACAUCUCCGACGUGUACAACGGACUCGACGUCUCCUUCGAGUCCUUCCCAGCAGACGACCAGACCGACCCAGAUGCCUACAAAGCAGCCAUCGACGCGCUCCCCGCCGGGUCAGCAAUCACCAUCUUCACGCCCGACACAACCCACUACCCCAUCGCACUUUACGCCAUCCAGCGCAAAAUUCACGUCCUCAUCACCAAGCCCGCCACUAAGCUCCUCGCAGACCAUCUAAACCUCCUCGUCGAAUCGCGCAAACACGGCGUCUUCGUCUUCAUCGAGCACCACAAACGCUUCGACCCCGCCUAUGCCGAUGCGCGCUUCAAGGCCCGCAAUCUGGGCGACUUCAACUAUUUCUACAGCUACAUGAGCCAGCCCAAGUUCCAGCUUGAGACGUUCAAGGCCUGGGCCGGCCGCGAUAGCGAUAUCUCGUAUUACCUGAAUUCGCACCAUGUCGAUGUCUGUGAGAGCAUGGUGCCGGAUUAUGCACCCGUGAAAGUUACGGCGUCGGCGAGUACGGGCACCGCGUGGGAUAUGGGCUGUGUUCCCGAAACGGAGGACACGAUCACGCUGGUGGUGGAUUGGAGGAAGAAGACGGAUCCAUCGAGGGUGGCCACGGGGGUGUAUACGGCGAGCUGGACGGCGCCGCAGAAGGCCGGUGUUCAUUCGAACCAGUAUUUCCACUACAUGGGCUCCAAAGGAGAAAUCCGCGUCAACCAAGCUAAGCGUGGCUACGACGUUGCAGAUGAUGAGCAGAACCAAAUCAUCUGGUACAACCCAUUCUACAUGCGCUACGCCCCCGACGAAGAAGGCAACUUCGCCGGGCAAACGGGAUACGGCUACAUAAGUUUUGAGAAAUUCAUAGACGCAGUCACAGCGCUCAACGAAGGGCGCGUGACGCUCGACGAGCUCGAUAGUAGAGGUCUGCCCACGUUGAAAAAUACGAUUGCGACGACGGCCAUUUUGAAUGCGGGCAGAGUGUCGUUGGAUGAGAAGCGGAGCGUGGAGAUUGUUCAGGUUGAUGGCGGGUGGGAGUUGAAGUAG